ACAUACGCACACACACGCACACACACACACACGCACACACACGACCUGCAAGAGGAAAUGAGGAAACACACCGGAAGAGCAGAACACAGAUGAGCUGAAAGAGAUCCGAGGUGCAGCAUGGACAGAUUGAGCGUUUCUCUGCUGUUGAUUUGGGCAUUCAGAUGUUCAGAUGCAUUUAACAUGGACACAGAACAUCCACUGACAUUUAAUGGCAAACAAGAAGACUUCUUUGGCUACAGCGUUCAUCAGUACCAAUCUGAAAAUAGGAAAGAGAUCAUCGUUGGAGCUCCAUUAAAUAAUUCAACAGAGAGAAUUUACACCUGUCUCACAAAUCUAAGGAACUGUACACCACUGCAGCCAGGUUCAGAGAGUAACAGAUGGUUGGAUUUGUCAACUGCUGUGUCGUCUUCUGGUACCACAAGCAUCACUAGUUGCAGUCCAUUUCUUGCACAUGAAUGUGAUGGAAACUCGUAUCUUAAUGGUAUCUGCUACCAGUACAACAGCAGUUUACAGCCGGACUCCAACUUUACCACGGGUUUUCAAGAAUGCACAAAGCGAGAAGUCAAUCUGGUGUUUCUUUUUGAUGGAUCUGAAAGUAUGACAACAGAUCAAUUUAAUUUAAACAAAGAUUUCAUCAUAAAUAUUAUGACAAAACUAUCAAACUCCUCCAUAAAGUUUGCCGCUGUCCAAUUUUCCAAAUCUUUCCGAACGGUGUUUGACUUCAACGACUAUCAGAACAAUCGCGCUGAAGAGAAACUCAUGAAAGAGCCACACAUGCAUGAAAUCACAAACACGCACAAUGCAAUCAAAUACACAUUAGACAAGCUGUUGAAUAACGUGUCGUCUGGAGCAAACCCCAAUGCUACAAAGGCUCUGGUGAUAAUAACUGAUGGAGACCCCAGUGAUGUCGAUUAUGAUAAUGUCAUCAAGUUAUGUGAAGAGCAAAAUGUCCUCCGGUACAUCAUUGGGGUCGGAAAUGUUGGCCUAGCAAAACUGAAAUUGAUGGCUUCAGAGCCCAAAGACAACAACACCUUUUACAUUAAUAAUUACAGCGGACUCCAGGGACUCCUUGGCGAUCUGCAAAAAAAGAUCUACAAUAUUGAAGGUUCACAUGAAACAAACAAAAGCAACGACCGACAGAACUUUGAAUCAGAAUUAUCUCAGAGUGGAUUCAGUGUUGUCUAUCACACUACGGACUCUGUGAUCGUGGGUUCAGUGGGAUCUUAUAACUGGCGUGGAGUUCUGCAUGAAGUCAGAGGAUCUGGAUUCAGACAGACCGAGAUUAAAGAUCCAUCUGUCAAUAAAGACUCAUACAUGGGUUACUCUGCUGUGAUUGGACGUAGAGGCAACAUCUCUCUCCUCGUCUCUGGAGCUCCACGUGCUGAACACAAGGGUCUGGUGACGCUCUUUAACCAAAAUCAAAACACAUGGACUGUACAGAAGAACAUCACAGGAAUUCAGAUCGGGUCGUAUUUUGGAGCGUCUCUGAGCCUGUUAGACGUUGACUCUGAUGGAGAAUCAGAUUUUCUUUUGGUCGGGGCUCCGUUAUAUUACCGCUCUCAGCCGAGGGGAGAAGGGAGGCUCUACAUCUAUACUUUAUCAGAAAAGUCGUUUCUGAAGAUGCUGAACGUGUGCGAGUCAAAUGCAGGCAGAUUUGCUGCGUCUCUGGCGUCACUAAAGGACCUGAAUGGAGACGGGCUGUCAGAUGUGGCGGUCGGAGCACCGCUAGAAGAUGAAGGGACCGGAGUCGUGUACAUCUACCUCGGCGAUAAAACGCACGGCAUAAACCUGAAAUAUAGUCCUCAGCGGAUCUCAGCGAGGUCAGUUCUGUCCGGUCUGCAGCAGUUUGGAGUCUCUGUGGUGGGUGAGAUGGACAUAAAUUAUGAUAAUCUGACAGAUGUUGUGAUUGGAGCACACGGAGGAAUCGUUCUGCUGAAAGCUCGACCUGUGAUGUUUGUAUCUUCAAAACUCAGUUUCAGCCCCAGUGAAAUCAGCAUAAGUAACUUUACCUGUUCGGGGGUGGAUUUGUUUCAUGCAUUCACCCUCACUUCAUGUUUCACUGUGUUCGAGCGAACCAGCAGCACAGGUUCACUGAACAAGGAUCUGAAAAUCUCUCUGAAUAUUAAUCUGGAUGUUGUAAGAGCAAUGAAUCGAGGAUUCUUCAAGCUGCAUAAUUCAACAUCAAGGAGUCUUCAGAAGUCCAUCAUGCUGGUUCCUGAGGCCUCCUGUUUUAACUUCUCAAUCUUCAUGCCACAUUGUGUUCAUGACACGGUGACUCCACUAAAGAUUCAAAUGAAUUUCUCACAAACUGAGUUGCCGUCUGAUCAACCUUCAGCUAUUCUGGACAUCCACAGCCUGACGGAGAUGUUUGUCGAGGUACCGUUUGAAAGGAGCUGUAACAGUGACAAAUGUGUGGCCGAUCUACAGCUGAACUUCAGAUUUAUUAAUGAGACCCUACUGGUGGUGAAUCAAGCUUAUUUUAUGGUUCAUAUAACGCUGACCAACAAAGAAGACAACUCUUAUAACACCAGCAUAGUGAUGCACUACCCAGAGGGCCUGUCGUUCUCAAAAUUUGAUGCUAUUAAGAGUCGCACAACCAGCACCUGUGGCGAUCGAGAUGGCGGUGCUAGGAACAGAACCACCUGCAGUAUCAAUCUACCAGUGUAUCGAAGCGGGACUCAAACUGAGUUUCUAGCAACAUUUCGUGUGACCAAUCGGGACUACGACUGGCCAGAUAUGAUGGACAUGAUCAUCAUUGCCAACAGUGAUAACAACGGUAACACCACUGAUGGCACAGUGAAGAGGAGUAUACCGGUUAAGUUUGCCGUUAACUUGGCUAUCAGUGUGGUGAGUGAAGAUUCUGUCACGUAUCUGAAUCUCUCUCUGGAGGACAGACAGCCAAAAUCUCUCAGCAUCACCUACAAGGUGGAGAAUCUGGGCCUUAAAUCUCUGCCAGUAUCAGUCACACUCCUAUUGGCCUGUCCACAAAAACAUGUGAUGUUCACACCGGAGAGCUUCAGCAUAAACCAGGUCUUCAGUCUCUCUAAUUUAACACAGUGUCAGAUGACCAAUGAGAAACAGGAUGGUUACUGUGGGAAGUUUCAGUGUGAUGAAUUUUCUCUGGAGACAUAUGCAGCUGUUUACUUUAUUCUGACGGCACAAGUUGCGCUUCAAAACACGAAAGAGUUUGAGUCGAGAUUUUCCUUCAACGAGUUCAGGACAGAUUAUGUCUUUAACAUCAUUGCCCAUCUGAACUACAACACAAGCCGCUACAACCAGAUGACGACCGGAUUAAAGGACGACCCCAGUAAAUCUCAGACCACAGUCAGGGUGGAGUUUGUAAUUCUGCCCAGUCGAUUGCUGAUUAUUGGCACGGGUGCUGGAGGUGGACUGAUCUUACUCAUUAUCAUCUUAGUUGUACUGCUGAAGUGUGGUUUCUUCAAGCGCAACCGUCCUGAGGAGUUGAUGACAUAUGGAAAUGGGUUAGAAAGCACACAUCAAGAUGAUCCUCUCAUGUCCAACUGCAGUGAUGGUGAUGGAGGUGCUCCUUCCCCUCUCAUCUUUCACGAAAAUGGAGAGAUAACGACGGAUGAUAAAGAGAUGAAGAGCAACCGUCCUGAGUCAUAUCAAGGUGCUCCUCCCUUUAUCAUCGUUGACGAAAAUGGAGAGAUAAAGACUGGUGAUGGAGAUAUGAAGAGCAGUGAUGGAGAGAUGAAGAGCAGUGAUGGAGAGAUGAAGAGCAGUGAUGGAGAGAUGAAGAGCAGUGAUGGAGAGAUGAAGAGCAGUGAUUAAAAGAUGAAGGGAAGUGAUGGAGGUGUAAGCGUGAAUGGUUUUAAAUGGUCUAAAAAAGAAAAGCUUUGCUUUUGAAGGUCCAAAUACAGAGGUGCCAAGACCACCAUUCUGAUCAAAUGAAAUGAUCUUUCAUGUAGGGUUUUGUGAUAUUUCAUUGCAGUUCAGUUUGCUUGCUUUCAGUUGAACAUAAUUUAGUAUUUUUAGGUUAAGAAUUUGUUUAGUUUCAUCAUUUGUUUAUUUCAAUGUUUAGUGUGUUAAGUACGUGUGAGGGUCUGCAUGUGUUUUAAUAGCUGCUUUGUGUUUUGUUUGAAUAUUUUGUGCUUUAGAGUAUUAAUAUCAGAAGUGUCAGUAAUGUAGGGAAUAAUAAAUGAGACAGAUGAGUUUGAUCGGGUUUAAAUUUGACAGUUCCUCUAAAAGCAGGAGCAGGAUUUAUAUUAACCUGUAUUAUGUUCAGAAUAUCUAUGAACACAUUUUUCUUGAUAGAUUUCAAGCAGAUUUUUCAAUAUAAUUUUUCCUUAUCAUUUUCAUUGUUUUAUUUUUCUUUAAUGUCAAUCCUGUGCUAUGAUCUGUAAAUAACCUUUAUUCUGAAUAUUAUAUGUGAAAUGUAAAAACACAUUGAAUAAUUAGCCAAUCAAAACAUUAAUAAAUCAGUUAAACGUAAGGAAAGCUGUUGAUCCGUCUGUUUAUUGUUAGACUGACAUUUUGUUAUUAAACUAUUGCAUGAUAUAAAUCAAUUUUUAAAAGGGAUAGUUCACCCAAAACUGUAAAUUCUGUCAUCAUUUUCUCACCCUCAUGUUGUUCUUAACCCAUCUGAAUUUAUUUAUAACACAAAAGAAGAUAUUUUGAUAAAUGAUACAAGCAUACAGUAGACUGUACCCAUUGACUUCCAUAGUAGGAAAAACAAAUACUAUAGAAGUCAGUGGGUACCGUCAACUGUGUGCUUACCACCAAUGAUCAAAAUGUUGUGUUGCACAUAAUAAAGAAAAUCAUAAAUAAAUUAUGACAGAAUUUACAUUUGUUUGUGAAUCUCUUUAAUGAAAAGCUUUGUAUUUAUU